AUGAAGUACUUUUUAUUGCUGUCGUUGGGAAUCCUCCUUUUAACAGGAUGGUCCCAUGCUCAAGACGAAGGCAUUGGGGUCGGUACUGUUGAAGAAGUAACUGUAGACGCUGAUCUCGGCGCGUCCCGUGAAGGUUCUCGAACAGAUGCGGAGGCGGUGUCGCGCGAGGAGGAGGCCAUCUCGCCGGACGGCCUGAGCGUGGCGCAGAUGCGGGAGAUGCGCGAGCGCGCCAAGAGCUACACCUUCCAGACGGAGGUCAACCGCAUGAUGAAGCUCAUCAUCAACUCGCUCUACAGGAACAAGGAGAUAUUCUUGCGUGAAUUGAUCUCGAACGGAUCGGACGCGUUGGAUAAAAUCCGUCUGCUGUCGCUGACCGACCGGGACGUUUUGGAGACCAAUCCGGACCUCAGCAUCAGAAUCAAGGCGGAGCCGGAGAAGCGGCUGCUGCACAUCAUCGACUCCGGCGUGGGCAUGACGAGUCAUGAGCUGGUCAACAACCUGGGCACCAUUGCUAAGUCCGGCACCGCCGACUUCCUCUCGAAAAUGCAGGACACCGAAAAGUCGAACGCGCAAGAGAUGAACGACAUGAUCGGGCAGUUCGGCGUGGGCUUCUACUCUGCCUUUCUGGUGGCCGACUCGGUGACCGUGGCCUCCAAGCACAACAACGACUCGCAGCACCUCUGGGAGUCCGACGCCAGCUCCUUCCGCGUGGCGCCCGACCCGCGCGGCGACACGCUCAAGCGCGGCACGCACAUCACGCUGCACAUGAAGGAGGAGGCGGCCGACUACCUGCAAGCGGAUACGAUCCGCGCGCUGGUCAAGAAGUACUCGCAGUUCAUCAACUUCCCCAUCUACUUGUGGGCCUCGCGCACCGAGACCGUCACCGAGCCCGAGGACGACGAGGAGAAGCCCGACGCCGACGCCGAAGAGGUCGAGGACGACGACGCCCAGGUGGAGGAUGCCACCGAGGAGAAGAGCGAACCGAAGAAGACGGAGAAAACCGUGUGGGACUGGGAGUUGAUGAACGAUAACAAACCCAUUUGGACGCGGAAGCCGAGCGAGGUGGCGGACGAAGAAUACACGCAGUUCUACAAGACUCUCACCAAGGACUCUUCGGCGCCGCUAGCCAAGGCGCACUUCGUGGCGGAGGGCGAGGUGACGUUCCGCGCGCUGCUGUUCGUGCCGCGCGUGCAGCCGGCCGACAGCUUCAACCGCUACGGCACCAAGACCGACCACAUCAAGCUCUACGUGCGCCGCGUCUUCAUCACCGACGAGUUCAACGACCUCAUGCCCAACUAUCUCGCCUUCAUACAGGGUAUCGUGGAUUCUGACGAUCUGCCCUUGAACGUCAGUCGUGAGACGCUCCAGCAACACAAACUCAUUAAAAUCAUUAAAAAGAAACUAGUCCGAAAAGCUCUCGAUAUGUUGAAGAAAAUACCUGAAGAUGAAUACGAACACUUUUGGAAGGAAUACUCUACCAACGUCAAGCUGGGUGUGAUGGAGGACCCGAGCAACCGGUCGCGGCUGGCCAAGCUGUUGCGGUUCUACUCGUCGCGCUCCGCCGACAUGACCUUCCUGGCCGACUACGUGGCGCGCAUGAAGCCGAACCAGGAGCGCAUCUACUACAUCGCCGGCUCCAGCCGCGCCGAGGUGGAGAAGUCGCCGUUCGCCGAGCGGCUGGUGCGCGCCGGCUACGAGGUGCUCUUCCUCACCGAGGCCGUGGACGAGUACUGCCUCUCGUCGCUGCCCGAGUACGACGGCAAGAAGUUCCAGAACAUCGCGAAGGAGAUAUUCGACGUCGACGAGAGUCCGCGCCAGAAGGAGCGGCUGGAGCAGGAGAGGCGCGAGAUGGAGCCGCUGACGCGCUGGCUGGGCGACAAGCUGGGCGAGUGGGUGACGCGCGCGGCCGUGUCGCGGCGCCUGGCGCGCUCGCCCGCCGCGCUCGUGGCCACGGCCUUCGGCUGGACCGGCAACAUGGAGCGCCUGGCGCUGUCCAACGCGCACCAGAAGGCCGACGACGCGCAGCGCAAGCACCAGCUGUCGCAGAAGAAGGUGCUGGAGGUGAACCCGCGCCACCCGGUGGUGCGCGAGCUGCUGCGCCGCGUGCAGGAGGACCCCGACGACCCCGCAGCGCUGCGCGCCGCGCGCACGCUCUACCGCACGGCCGCGCUGCGCUCCGGCUACAUGCUGCAGGAGGGGCAGGCCAUGGACUUCGCCGAGACCGUGGAGCACAUGCUGCAGGCCUCGCUGGGCCUGCCGCCCGACGCGCGGCCCGACGACGACGACCUCGACCUGGAGGCCGAGGCCGAGGCGGAGGCAGAGGCAGAGGCGGAGGCCGACAACGACGACCGUGACGAACUG